CGAUGAAGUGAUAUAAAAAUUUAACUCACCACUUUCGUGACUGGUUGCUCACAUGUGGGCUUCAGUUAGCCAACAGUUUUCUCCAGACUGUUGCGUUGUUGUGUUGUACCUACAUAGGAUUAUUAGUCGGGAGUUCUGUGUCAUGGAACGAGCGACCAGUGAAAGUAUUGAACUGCUGAGUAGAAACUUUUCAACGGAUUUCAAAGACGAUAUCAGUUCACAAAGCCAAACACAAUCAACGUUGCAUUUGAUGAAAUCGUGCAAUUAUUUUAUACCAGAAUUAGAUUCUCAUUGUUUGAAGCGAAAACACGAAUCAACCGUCCAACCUCCUCUGAUACCGCCUCCACCUUUGAUCCUACAUCGACACUCACACCUACCAAAUGGCCCUUUCCCCCUGCUGAUGCCACUGAAGUGUCUUAAAAGAAAACAACGGUGCGAGAAAAAUCCCAUACCCAAUGAGCAGAAAGAUGAGAAAUACUUCGAGAAAAGGAAGCGUAAUAACGAAGCAGCGAAAAAAUCCCGAGAUGCAAGAAAACUGCGAGAGGACAGGAUCGCACUGAAGGCCGCCCUGCUGGAAAGGGAAAACUCCAUCCUGAGAUCGCAAGUGUUUGCCCUCCAAGAAGAAGUCUACGCCUUAGCUCAAUUAUUAUGCUUGAAAAAUUCUUCGCAACAAUAGUGAGGAUAGCAUGAACACUUAUUUCUCUAGCUCCAAUCACAAUCGACGAACUUCUCAAGCUGCGAUCCCUCAAACCGAUGAAUUAUGAAUGCCUACACGUGUUGUUUUUUUUUUAUUUCAAUAAAAGUUGAUGAAGUUGUUUCUGCAGUUGAA